UACUCACAUCACUAAAAAUGUCGCUAAACGUUCUUGUUACUGGUGCCAGUGGUCUCCUUGGCCGUCAGGUCUUCAACACCUUCAAGCACUCUGGCUGCUUGACUGUCGGCCAGGGUUUCACCAGAGCUGCCCCGCCAACCAUUCUGAAGGCGGAUUUGGAAAAGAGCGAAGAUGUAAAGACGAUCCUGGACGAGGCUAAGCCUCAGAUCGUCAUUCAUUGUGCCGCAAACCGUUCUCCUGACCUAUGCGACAAGAACCCCGAACAAGCUCGCAGAGUCAAUGUCGAUGCUACACGUCUCCUGGCAGAACAGACCUCGUCGCGUGGCGCCAUGCUCAUCUACAUCUCGACAGACUACGUCUUCCCGGGAACCGAAGGCGACGCACCAUACGGAGCAAACGCGGAGACCAAGCCACCGAACUUCUACGGCCAAUUGAAGCGCGAUGGUGAAUUAGCAGUCUUGGAAGCCACCAAGGAUACCGGCUUGGGUAUUGUUCUGCGUGUCCCCGUACUGUACGGAACUGCCAGCAACAACUCCGAAAGCGCCGUAAACACCCUCAUCGACGCAGUGUGGAAGGCACAGGAUGAGAAAGCAGGUAUCAAGAUGGACGACUGGGCUCAGCGGUAUCCCACUAACACCGAGGACGUGGCGCGAGUGUGCCGUGACAUUGUGAUCAAGUAUGUCAAGGAGAAGGAGAAGAUCAAGGAGUUGCCUAAGAUCCUUCAAUUUUCGUCGGAGGACCGGAUGACCAAGUACGAAAUCUGUGAGAAGUUGGCGCAGGUGCUUGGGUUGUCGCUAGCGGGAAUGGAGCGGAAUAAGCAGGGCAACGACCCGAAUGCUUCUGUGCAGAGACCAUAUGAUACCCAUCUGUCGACCAUGGCUCUGAAGGACCUUGGGAUCGAUGUUAGCACCAUGGACUUUGUUGCGUGGUGGCGGAAGAGCCUGGGAGCCUACAGGAAAUAGAUUGGUCUAAAACAGGACUCGUGAUACGGAAACUGGAAUUCUAAAGAAAAAAACGGAUUGACGUGUACCAUAUUGCAUCGUUUGUACGAAUUGUUUACUCCAGUGAUGAAAUAAAAGGGAAGUUCGCAAUGCAGAACAA